ACCCGCUCACCUCGUCUGACUCUUUUUCUUUGGGACAAGAAACUGUUGCCUCUCCCUAGAAAAAAGAAGAAGAGCCCUCGGGCUAUCGCUUUCCAAAUCGACCUAGUAAUCCCUAAAUUUAGAGAAAUAAAUAAAUAAAAGUUGCACAAGUGCAGAAGAAUAAAUGCCACUAAAUUGUAGGAUGAGGUGCCCGUCUAUGCAGAUCAUGCAUUUCUACGCUUUUCAACUUUGACCACUUGGCAGGCACUAAGAUCCACCACCAAAUAUAAAUUAAAGAACCCAAAAAAAAUCAAGAAAAGGCAAAAGAAGUUGUGUUCGAGUAAUUAAGUAGUGGAGUUUCUCUUGUGGGUGUUUGUGAACAAUCUACAGAGGCUUUUCCUGUUCUCAUCACUGUGAGUGAAUCUUGGAAGGAUGAGUUAUUUGGGUGUUGGAGUUAGUCCCGGGAAUGUCCCAGUGUUUCAUGGCACAAAAGUGAAGCUUAUUGAUAAGAGGGUGCGGGUGGCAGAGUUGGUGCUGAGGUGUUUGAUUUGUGGUCUGGGAGUUCUUGCUGCCGUUCUUGUGGUGACUGAUUCUCAGGUCAAAGAAAUCUUCUCAAUUCAGAAGAAAGCUAGAUUUAUAGACAUGAAAGCUCUUGUGUUUUUAGUGGUAGCCAAUGGUAUAGCUGCUGCCUAUUCGUUCGUUCAAGUGCUGAGAUGUGUUGUGAGCAUGGUUAGAGGCAAUGUGCUGUUCAGUAAGCCCUUGGCUUGGGCCAUCUUCUCUGGUGAUCAGGUGAUGGCAUACAUGACCGUGGCUGCAGUGGCAGCUUCAGCACAAUCGUCAGUGUUUGCAAAGUUGGGACAGCCAGAACUGCAGUGGAUGAAGAUAUGCAAUAUGUAUGGGAAGUUUUGUAACCAAGUUGGAGAAGGGGUAGCGAGUGCAGUAAUAGUUAGCCUUAGCACGGUGGCCUUGUCUUGCGUCUCUGCUUUCAGUCUCUUCCGCUUGUAUGGAGGUGGGAACAAGGGCAAGAGCAGCGCUAGGUGGUAGGUUUUGAAAACCCAAUGAUGUAAGUAAAUUGACCUGCCUGUCACUCUUUUGGAUCUUGUCCAAUAUGGUUUUGUAACUUGGAGGCCUAUGGGCUCUCCUCCAAUACAUGCAGCAAUAAGUUUAGGCUGUGGAUUUCCAUAAAACUUGCUUGUGUUUCGGCUCAUUCAAACCCCAAAUAUGUAAGUGAAUAUAUAUGUGUUAGUGUACUGAAUUGAUCAAUGGCCAAUCAAAGAAUAAAUUCAAGUUUAGAAUUUACUAGGAAA